AUGGCCUUCCUCAGGACUCAUUGUGUGGUGACCAUGAUGGUCACAUUCCUGUCAAAAGGUAAGUUGUACAAUUCUCAAUGUAUCUCUGUCUUUAUCCUACAGCGUUGUUCAUUUAUACUCACCUGGGUUUUAAGAAGUUGGCUACUAAGUUUCUUUCAGUUUGUAUAUAAAGACAUUUGGACUGAAUCAAUAAACUGAACUCUAUCGAUUUAAAACUACAAUAUGUAUUUAUUAUUAUUUAUUAUUAUUAUUAAAGGUGUGCAGGUGUACAGCUUUGUGUUUUCAAAAGUAUUGAGUGAAGCAGAAAUACUAAUUGAUGACAUUAAAGAAAAAAGCUAGCCAGUUAUAGGCGUCAUUGUCUUUGCGGCAUUACCUAUUUCACUUAAGGUGGCAUCCAGAGUCGUGUCAUGACCUUGUGAGAGACGGUGUAUCCUAUUAUUUAAUAACCUGUGACUGAUGUCUUUUGUCCUACUACUGUCCGAGCAUUCUUCCAGCAUUCCAAAAUCUUUCAAAAACCUUCUGCUCUCUUGCUGUGAACGAGUAGUGACAAUUAUUCUGGAAUAUGGGCAGUGAUGAUACAUUUUCAAGCACAAACCCUCAUCUAACAAGUAUGUCUUGGUUAAAGGGCACAUGCCAUACACAUACAAGGAAACAUGUUAAACUUAGCAGGUGGGCUUAAAGGCGUUCGGUUUGCUCCUAGCAGAACUUGGCUAGGCGAAGCGACCGUCUGUGCUCACAUACUCCCUAAAAACCUUCAAUAUUACUGUUGUUUGUUCCUCUUGAGCCACCGUUGCAACAACAUAGCCAGAAACACUUCCUCAAAAUAGUCAGAAUUAACCUAAGAUAAAUCAAGAAAUCGGUCAUUAAUUUUGACAUUUUUGGUACGGUAUUUCUCAAGUGAAAAAAUGUGCAUGAAAACUAGUCGUCUCUCAUUGAAUGACAACAAACACUUCCCACUGGGCAAAAACUGGUUGAAUCAACAUUGUUUUCACGUCAUUUCAAUCCCAAAAUCCAAAGUGAUGACAUUGAUCAAUGUAAAAAAAAAAGUCAUCAACAUUAAGGGAAUUUCAUUUCUUUUUUUGAACCAAAAUCCAAUGACUUGGUGAAAUGUUUUUGAUUUUACAUUGUAUUCACGUUAGUUGACAACUCUACCAAAGUAAAUCCAAACUACCGAACUUCAACUUGCCUCAACAACAAAAAAUUGUGUGCACGAAAAGACAAAACAAAAACUGCCAAAGACCAAAAUGUCAUAAUAUAUGCACAAACUGUUUUGGCUAGGAAGCACACGGUAAGCUUAAGACAAUCGGUGUGUUAUGACAAUUGGUACGAAUGCUGACGUCAGUCAGUAUGUUCACUCUUUCAUCAGUAUGGGACAGUAUAUACGCUUAGAUUAUUUUUUUCUCCAAAAGGGCUCUUUGGCUGUCCCCAUGGCAGACCCUUUGAAGAACACUUUUAGGUUCCAGAGAGAACCCUCGUGUUCCAUGUAGAACCCUCUGUGGAAAGGGUUCUACCUGCAACCGAAAAGGGUUCUUCAAAGGAUUCUGCCAUGGGGACAGGCCAAGAAACCCUUUUAGGUUCAAGAUAGAACCAAGUGUACCCAGUGAAAAUGCCAGGGUUUGGAUACAGAGAGUAAGAGAUUACACCUUUGUUAAGGAUUAAGAGGAUUUUGUUUUCUUUCUGUCUUGUAUUUCAGGCUGUCAUUCCCAGCUGAGUGGUAAGUCCUUUUCACCACUUACAGAUGUUCUCUAAACACGAUUAAAACCUUUAUAAUCUACUGUUACAUUAAUGUGACCUAUUCAACAAUGACCUUAACAAACAACCCAUCCUUCUCUGUCACUGUUAGUGUGCGGAACACCUCCUCUCAACACCAGGAUCGUGGGGGGUCAGGAUGCUCCUGCAGGGAGUUGGCCAUGGCAGGCCAGUCUUCAGAGAUUAGGCAAGCAUUUUUGUGGGGGAUCCCUCAUCAACAAAGAGUGGGUGCUGACUGCUGCUCACUGCUUCCCCAGGUAAGGAUUUGCAGGAUUGCGGGAAAACCUUUAACCCUAACACCAAACCUAAUCGAAAUUCAACUGAGCCAGUCUUUUACAACAAUACUGUUACCUUUUUAUAUAUUUAUUCCCUCAGUACCAGUUCAUCAGAUGUGAUGGUCUACGUGGGUCGUCAGAGCCAGGAGGGCUCCAACCCCAACGAGGUGAACCGGACGGUCACUCAGAUCAUCCGCCACCCCAACUACAUCAGUAGUUCCAGUGGCAACGACGUGUGUCUGCUGAAGCUCUCCUCCCCCGUGGAUUUUACAAACUUCAUUCGGCCAGUCUGCCUAGCUGCACCAAACAGCUCUUUCCAUGCUGGAACUACUAGCUGGGUCACCGGCUGGGGCGACAUCAGCAGUGGAGGUGAGCGCUGUAGCUUGCUUUAAGUACCGCUGAUGAUGGAUCAGAAUUAUAUGAUUGAUCUUGUCUUGUGGAUGUCUCUCCUCAGUGUCCCUGCCUUCACCACAGACCCUACAGGAGGUGGGUGUGCCAGUAGUGGGGAACAGGCAGUGUAACUGUAACUAUGGAGUUGGCUCCAUCACUGACAACAUGAUCUGUGCUGGUCUAUCAGCAGGAGGAAAGGAUUCCUGUCAGGUAAAAUCUCUUGGUUAUCUUGUUUGUUUAUUAAAAUGUGGGCUAAUGACACAUUCGUAAUCUGUGUCUGGUUGCUCAGAUCCAGAUUAUACCUAGCCUAGUCCUAUAUUGAAAAGCCCUUUCAAUAGAGAUUCUCCAUUAAAAGUGCUUUUUAGUCCAAGACUAGUCUUAAUCGGUGUCUGAAAAAACGGACCCAUUAUGUUUCAUAAGAAAAUCUAAUCUCAGUGAGUGUAAAUCUGUCAAUGCAUAGGGGGACUCAGGAGGUCCGAUGGUGAGCAAACAGGGUACUCGCUGGAUCCAGUCUGGCGUUGUGAGUUUCGGCAACGGCUGUGCCCAGGCAAAUGCCCCAGGAGUGUAUGCUAGAGUGUCUCAGUACCAGACCUGGAUCAACACCCAGAUCACCAGUGACCAGCCAGGCUAUGUCACCUUCACCUCCAGUGGGACUGAUUCUGACCUCAGUGUCUCGUGUACUGGUCUACCAGCCCCAACUACCACCACAACUGCCCCUACGACCACCACUACCACCACAACUGCCCCUAAAACCACUCUUAAACGUAAGUGGAUUUACUUCCGUCUAUGACACAAACAAAUUGGUCCCUCCUCUUAGAGGCACAGCCGUCUGUUACUCCUGUUAUAGCUACAGUGGGGAAAAAAAAGUAUUUAGUCAGCCACCAAUUGUGCAAGUUCUCCCACUUAAAAAGAUGAGAGGCCUGUAAUUUUCAUCAUAGGUACACGUCAACUAUGACAGACAAAAUGAGAAAAAAAAAUCCAGAACAUCACAUUGUAGGGUUUUUAAUGAAUUUAUUUGCAAAUUAUGGUGGAAAAUAAGUAUUUGGUCAAUAACAAAAGUUUCUCAAUACUUUGUUAUAUACCCUUUAUUGGCAAUGACACAGGUCAAACAUUUUCUGUAAGUCUUCACAAGGUUUUCACACACUGUUGCUGGUAUUUUGGCCCAUUCCUUCAUGCAGAUCUCCUCUAGAGCAGUGAUGUUUUGGGGCUGUCGCUGGGCAACACGGACUUUCAACUCCCUCCAAAGAUUUUCUAUGGGGUUGAGAUCUGGAGACUGGCUAGGCCACUCCAGGACCUUGAAAUGCUUCUUACGAAGCCACUCCUUCGUUGCCCGGACGGUGUGUUUGGGAUCAUUGUCAUGCUGAAAGACCCAGCCACGUUUCAUCUUCAAUGCCCUUGCUGAUGGAAGGAGGUUUUCACUCAAAAUCUCACGAUACAUGGCCCCAUUCAUUCUUUCCUUUACACGGAUCAGUCGUCCUGGUCCCUUUGCAGAAAAACAGCCCCAAAGCAUGAUGUUUCCACCCCCAUGCUUCACAGUAGGUAUGGUGUUCUUUGGAUGCAACUCAGCAUUCUUUGUCCUCCAAACACGACGAGUUGAGUUUUUACCAAAAAGUUAUAUUUUGGUUUCAUCUGACCAUAUGACAUUCUCCCAAUCCUCUUCUGGAUCAUCCAAAUGCACUCUAGCAAACUUCAGAUGGGCCUGGACAUGUACUGGCUUAAGCAGGGGGACACGUCUCGCACUGCAGGAUUUGAGUCCCUGGCGGCGUAGUGUGUUACUGAUGGUAGGCUUUGUUACUUUGGUCCCAGCUCUCUGCAGGUCAUUCACUAGGUCCCCCCGUGUGGUUCUGGGAUUUUUGCUCACCGUUCUUGUGAUCAUUUUGACCCCACGGGGUGAGAACUUGCGUGGAGCCCCAGAUCGAGGGAGAUUAUCAGUGGUCUUGUAUGUCUUCCAUUUCCUAAUAAUUGCUCCCACAGUUGAUUUCUUCAAACCUAGCUGCUUACCUAUUGCAGAUUCAGUCUUCCCAGCCUGGUGCAGGUCUACAAUUUUGUUUCUGGUGUCCUUUGACAGCUCUUUGGUCUUGGCCAUAGUGGAGUUUGGAGUGUGACUGUUUGAGGUUGUGGACAGGUGUCUUUUUAUACUGAUAACAAGUUCAAACAGGUGCCAUUUAAUACAGGUAACGAGUGGAGGACAGAGGAGCCUCUUAAAGAAGAAGUUACAGGUCUGUGAGAGCCAGAAAUCUUGCUUGUUUGUAGGUGACCAAAUACUUAUUUUCCACCAUAAUUUGCAAAUAAAUUCAUUAAAAAUCCUACAAUGUGAUUUUCUGGAUUUUUUUUCUCUCAAUUCGUCUGUCAUAGUUGACGUGUACCUAUGAUGAAUAUUACAGGCCUCUCUCAUCUUUUUAAGUGGGAGAACUUGCACCAUUGGUGGCUGACUAAAUACUUUUUUCCCCACCGUAUAGGCUACUUAUCUGUGACUCUCCAUUUGACCACAUCCAAACUUUAGUGUUUAUCCCUCUCUUUAAAUCUACACUCAGACAACAGUCUCCCUCAGACAGUGUUACAGUCCUGACCUCUGUAGCUCUUCUCUCCCUGUUUCUGCAGCGGUGGUGUGUGGCAGUGCCUCUUUGAACUCCCUUGCUGGUGGGGGCUUGGCCUCAGCGGGCUCCUGGCCCUGGAUAGCCAGUCUACAGACAAACGGAACACACGUAUGCGGGGGCACAUUGGUGGCAGAGCACUAUGUCAUGAGCGAUGCUGGGUGCUUCUCCAGGUAACACACUCCACUUGUAUGUAAACGGGAGAGUUGGUCACAUGCAAUAUGGUCAGAUCUCCAUCACUUGGUGCCUUGGCGCUCAAGUUGAACCAAGGACCUAUUACAUAGAAGGUAUCGGUAAUGCCAAGCUAAAGUUCCCCAUCUUCGCUAUUCCCCCUUCCCAGUCAGUCCAACGCCUCUCAGUGGACCGUGAUCAUGGGUCGUCUGAAGCAGAGCGGCUCCAACCCGAACGAGGUAACCCUUAACGUCAUCAACAUCACCAUGAGCAACUUGACGGCCAACAACGUGGCAAUCCUCCGACUGGCCAGCCAACCCACGUUGUCUGACUACAUCCAGCCUAUCUGUGUGGACCAGGGAACCAACACCUUCAGCAUAGGGACUCGGUGCUGGGUGGCUGGCUGGGGCACGGGCCAGGGUGGAGGUGAGUCAGCAUAGGGACUCGGUGCUGGGUGGCUGGCUGGGGCACGGGCCAGGGUGGAGGUGAGUCAGCAUAGGGACUCGGUGCUGGGUGGCUGGCUGGGGCACGGGCCAGGGUGGAGGUGAGUCAGUGCUGGGUGGCUGGCUGGGGCACGGGCCAGGGUGGAGGUGAGUCAGUGCUGGGUGGCUGGCUGGGGCACGGGCCAGGGUGGAGGUGAGUCAGUGCUGGGUGGCUGGCUGGGGCACGGGCCAGGGUGGAGGUGAGUCAGUGUGUAAUACUGGAACAGACUAACACAACUGGAGGUUGACUUCUGUGACAAAGUCCAGCAUUUGCCAGCAGCAUACCACCCUGCAUCCCACUGCUGCCUUGACUCUAAAGCUAAGCAGGGUUGGUCCUGGUUGGUCCCCGGAUGGGAGACCAGAUGCUGCUGGAAUUGGUGUUGGAGGGCCAGUAGGAGGCACUCUUUCCUCUGGUAAAAAAAAAUAUCCCAAUGCCCCAGGGCAGUGAUUGGGGACAUUGCCCUGUGUAGGGUGCGGUCUUUCGGAUGGGACGUUAAAAAAGUGUCCUGACUCUCUGUGGUCACUAAAGAUCCCAUGGCACUUAUCGUAGGGGUGUUAACCCUGGUGUCCUGGCUAAAUUCCCAAUCUGAUCAUCAUGGCCACCUAAUCAUCCCCAGCUUCCGAUAGGCUCAUUCAUCCUCUCUCCUGUAACUAUUCCCCUGGUCAUUGCUGUAGAUGAGAAUGUCUUCUCAGUCAACUUGCCUGGUUACAUAAAUAAAUGUGUUCUUUCUGUUUGGUCAAUUUGUGAUUUUCAUCCUCUCUCUUUCUCUUUUCUGUCUCGUUCCUUAGCCGAACAGAACUUGCAGCAGUCCCAGACCACUGUGGUGAAUUGUGAGAGCUCCGGCUCCUCUGAUAACAUCUGCACUGCUGCCUUGGACCUUCAACAGGUACAGAUGGGUCCGACAAACAACGCAAACGCACAAUAAUGGGUUUCAAAAGUAGACUCAGAGGUGCCAACUGGUGUACAGCAAGGAUGGUUUCAUUCUGUCUGUCCUAGUUAUUGCGGAUAGCUCUGCAACUGUUGGGAUGUGAUCUAUUUGACUUUGGCAUCUCCAGAAUUGGCCUCAGCAGAGCAUACCUGAUGGUAUGACAUUUACAUCCACCGAGUGAGGAAAGUCCAAGCUUCAUAAUGAUCUUCCAGUUAAGUAGCUUGGUAGGCAACCAGUCUGGUUAUCUAUCUGACAUGACAAUGCUGACCUCCCCCCCCCAUGUGUUCAUUCAUUCUUCUCUUUCCCCACAGGGUGAAAGGGGUGGUCCUCUGAUGUGUAAGCAGGGUGACGCGUGGUACCAGGCUGCUGUGUUGACUGUCGACAGCAGCAACAAGACCAGCUCCAGCGAAACACGAUGGAGCCGGAGUCCUCGCUCCUCCAACAUCCAGGUCUUCACCAAAACCGCCCGCUUCCAGAGCUUUCUUCAGACCACUGUGGACACAUUCCCUUCACCCGUCACAGCCAGAACCCCCACCAACGGCCCCAACACUGUCAACGGCACCAACACUGCCAACGGCACAACUGUCAGCGCAACUGCCGCUGUCGUUACUCCUGCCAGUGAGGCAACUCUGGCCCAAUCAUCCCUCUUCCUGCUCUUCUUGUCUCUCAGUCAAGGCUGGUGA